UGUCCAUCUCACUUGAUCCCCUCCCCGGAGUCUCCCAGAUCCCGAUCUGCCGUCUCUCUUCCACUCUAGAGCACCACGCCUCCGCCGUCUCUUCUCCCCCACCCAUUAUCCUAACCCUAAAUCAUGGAGUCGCCCUUCGUGUCGGGGCCUUCCGGCCUGAGGCCGGGCUCCUCCCCCUCCGCCAACCCCAACGUUGUCGCCGCCGCCGCCGCCGCCGCCACCCAGUUCGCAGGGCCACUGAUGCCUUUUCCCGCACCGAGCGCCUCCGUGCCGCCUCCGUUUUCCGCUCCUCCCCCAGCGUCCUCCCACCGGGGGCCUCCUCCAGCCUUAGCGUCUCGACCGCCGCCAUCAGAGGCUUUUGCGCCUGCGAUCGCGGACAGCAACGGGCAUUCGUUUGACAACCUGGAUGCGCCUCGGAUUUCCCAAACCACUCCGGCGCAGCGAACUCCGCCAGAGAACGCCCCGACGUUGGCCACGGCGCCUCCUUCUGUCGCCCUUCCUCGUGCUCAUUCGAUUGGAAGGAGCACGAAUGCAGCUGCCGCGCCUGUGUCUGCGCCGUUGUCGCUUCCGUUUGCUAGGCCACAGACUUUGCAGACGCCCUUAUCUGGGCCGCGGCCGACGCAGCUACCUUUUGCUAGACCGCCACCAUCGCAGCGACCCAUUUCCGUACCGCCGACCUCGCAGCCCCCUCUUUCCCGGCCAUCUAUUCCUCAACAGCCUGCCGCAGGACCGCCGACCUCACAGUCAUUUGGAGGAUCGUCGAGUUUGCAGCCCUUCAGUGCGUCGUCGACCUUGCAGCCGCCCUUAGCUGGAAUCCCGCCUUCACAGACCACCUUUGCCCGGUCGACCGUGCAGCCGCCUUUAGCUGGAAUCCUGCCUUCACAACUCACCUUAGUCGGGCCGACAGCAUCACAACCAACCUUCGCCGGAUCAUCAACCUCGCAACCACUUGGUAGGCCACCGAUCCCACAGCCGUACAUGGGAAUCCCAACCUCUCAGCCAUAUGCUGGAAGGCCUUCUUCGCCACUGUAUGAAGGUCCAUUACCUACACGGCCAUUCUCAGGGCCUCCGACCACAGGUGCUCCUUUUGAGGCGCCAGGUUGGUCAUCACAACCACAGGAGAUGGCUGCUUCCGUGCCUGGUUUUGGUCAAACACCUCCUAGAAUGUUCAGCAUGCCACCUCGUGCACCAGGCCAAACUCUACCUUCUGUUCCUUCUGCUAUGGGGCACUUAUCUCUUGCAGGCUCACGAGUAUCAAUGUUACAAAAGAUCAAUCCUAACCAAGUUCCACGACCCCUGCCUAGUUCAUCAAUCAUAUACUAUGAGACUCGACAAGGAAAUCAAGCAAACUUUCCUCCGCCUGCCAAUAGCAAUUUUAUUGCUAAUGACACUGGUAAUUGCAGUCCUCGUUUAAUGAGGUGCACCAUGAACAAGAUACCAUGCACGGGAGAUCUUCUAUCUACAUCUAGCAUGCCUUUAGCUUUACUAGUUCAACCAUUGGCACUACCGCAUCCAUCUGAGGAGCCUAUUGAAAUUGUGGACUUUGGUGAAAAUGGGCCUAUCCGGUGUUCGGGGUGCGGGGGUUACAUAAACCCUUUUUUUAAAUUUAUUGACCAUGGGGAAAAGUUCAUCUGCAACUUAUGUGGUUCUACCAAUGUCACGCCACAGGACUACUAUUCUAAUCUUGGGCAAAAUGGAAGGAGACACGAUGCUGACAAAAGGCCUGAACUGUGUAGAGGAACAGUUGAAUUUGUUGCUACUAGGCAAUAUAUGGUCCGUGAUCCCAUGCCUGCUGUCUUUUUCUUCCUUGUCGAUGUUUCAGUGAAUGCUGUACAAACAGGUGCAACUGCUGCAGCUUGUAGUGCAAUUAGUCAGUCUCUUGCUAAUCUUCCUGAUGGCCCUCGAACAAUGGUUGGUAUUGCCACUUUUGAUUGCACUGUUCAUUUCUACAAUUUAACGAGAUCCUCACAACAGCCUCUAAUGCUCAUUGUUCCCGACAUAGAUGAUGUUUAUACACCUCUCCACAUGGAUAUAAUUGUGCAGCUUACUGAGUGCCGCCAAAGUUUAGAACAGUUGCUAGAGAACAUUCCAGGGAUGUUUGGCAGCAACAAAAUUGCUGGAUCUGCAUUUGGUGCCGCUAUCAAGGCUGGGUUUCUGGCUCUGAAACCAACAGGGGGAAAACUACUUGUAUUUCAAUCAGUCCUGCCAUCAGUUGGUAUCGGGUCUCUUUCUUCCAGAGAAGCUGAAGGAAGAACCAAUGUCCCUGCUAGUGACAAGAAGGCUCAUAAGUUACUUCAGCCAGCAGACAAGACACUUAAAACCAUGGCCAUAGAGUUUGCUGAGCACCAGGUGUGUGUGGAUAUAUUUGUCACUACCCAGACUUUUGUUGACAUUGCUUCCAUUUCUAUUAUUCCAAGAACUACAGGAGGGCAGGUCUAUUAUUAUUAUCCAUUUUCUGCUCUUUCCGAUCCGGGUAAACUCUACAAUGAUCUUAAAUGGAACAUUAGUAGACCGCAAGGUUUUGAAGCAGUGAUGCGUGUUAGAUGUAGCCGGGGUCUUGAAGUUCAAGAAUACUCUGGAAAUUUUUGCAAAAGUGUUCCCAGUGAUAUUGAUCUUCCUGGUAUUGACAGUGACAAAACCAUAAUGGUCACAUUUAAACAUGAGGGCAAGCUCCAGGUGAAUUCAGAAUGUACAUUUCAGUGUGCACUUCUUUAUACCACUGUGUAUGGGCAACGAAGGAUUCGAGUUAUUAAUCUGUCCCUUACUUGCACUGAUAAUAUCAGCAGUUUGUGCCAAUCCGCUGAUUUGGAUGCUCAAUUUACUUGUUUGCUCAAGCAAGCUGCAAGCAGCAUCCCUAUGAGCCCUCUUUCUCAAGUAAGGCAGCAAAUCACUGAUCUCUGUAUCAACAUCCUACAUUCCCACAGAAAAUAUUGUGCAACAGUAUCAUCAUUCAGACAAUCUCCAGAGACCCUCGAACUAUUGCCUCUAUAUACUCUAGCUUUGUCUAAAAGCGUUGGUUUGCGGAACGAUGGAAGUGUCGAUGAUCGAUCAUAUUGGGUCAGCCGUGUUGCAUCUCUUUCUGUACCAUUAGCUAUCCCAUUAGUAUAUCCUAGGAUGAUAUCACUUCAUGAUCUUGCUACCAAGGAAGAGAAUGGGUCCCUUUUAGCAUCUACUAUUUUUCUCUCUAGUGAGCACAUAAAAGAUGAUGGGAUUUAUCUUCUUGAAAAUGGUGAAGAUGGUUUAAUUUAUAUCGGAAACAUGGCCAACCAAGACACUCUUCAACAGCUAUUUGGAGUUUCUUCUGUGGAAGGGCUUCCAUCUCAGCUUGCAUUGCAACAAUUUGACAAUCCUCUGUCAAAGAAACUUAAUGAUGUACUUAAUGAGAUAAGACAACAAAGAUGCUCGUAUCUACGUUUAUGGGUUUGCCGAAAGGGAGCUCCUUCAGGCUUGCAAUUCCUUUCAUAUAUGGUUGACGACAAAACCCCUGGUGAACUCUCCUACGUUGAGUUCUUUAUGCAUGUGCAGCAGCAAAUCAAAACAUUUUAAACAAAAAUGUUUUGAUCCGAAUGUGUGCUUAUUCAAAAACAAUUUUGGUUAUUGGCAUUUUUUUUUUCUGGCACCAAAUUUACUGAGAGACAAGAACAAGAGGAGCAUCAAAUGUUUCUCGGUGCUCAUGCUGAGUUCCGUCAGGUGAGCGGCCACAAUGGCCACAAUUGCUGAUUCGAAUGUUUUCAACUUUGUUAGUAAUGACACCUGACGUGCAGAAUGAGUUUUUUUUUAGAUUGUGAACAAGAUGAUUGGUAAAAAUUCAUGUACCAUUUGAUUUUAAUGUCCAUAUACAGGACUAUUAUUUCAAAACAAGUCACCGCAAUGAUAAAAUGUUCCUUGCAAUAUUAGAGAAUGGCUUAUUCUAUUUGACUA